AUGGAUUCAUCCAUCCCAAUUUUUGAAAAACCUCACCCUAAAGUCAGUGUGCUAGACUGGACACGAAAUAUUCAACGACUUCAGAAUGAAGCUAGGUUGCGUAGAUUUGAGUCGUACGAACUGAGACAAAGGGCUCACCAACUUCGUAAUGAAACGUCUGUUACUACUUAUUGGGAUAACUAUACUAACAACGAGUUAUUAAGAGACAGAAUAUUUCAUGUUCAGUCAUGGCGAGAGAAACAGAGGUUCACACGGGAAUGUUUACGGGAUGAGAUACGUAUUUUGAAAGAAGAGAAGAACUCUACAGAGCUACACUUAGAGUCUUUGCAGGUGCCACUGAUGGUAGUGUCGCAAUGCCUUUCAAAUAGAGACCAGAGAGUGCCUCCGGAAUUGACAAGAGAUCAACUUGGAGAAGAACUCAAUAAGGAACUCCAUAUUAUAGAGAACAGUAAACGCGUCUUAACAGAUAUUUGCCGCAUGGGCUGGGAGAAGAUUAAAGAAUUGCAAAACGUGUACUGCAGACUGGAUAGAGAGAUACAAAACAAGGAUGAAACGCUGGAUUUGGAAUAUUACGUCAAAGACUUGAAUAGAGAAAGCUCUAAUAUUUCCUAUCAGUUGGACCCCACAAGAAUCCCUGCAGAAUCAAUGACAGAAGAAAGUUAUGUACAUUGUAUAGAGAACACAAUAAAAAUUGCCAAUCAACUGAUGGACGAGUCCAAAGCCCUGAGGGAGUCUAUGUUUAAAAGCCGGGAACAGGCAAGGAAUCAAAUGUAUGCACAAUCACAAGAAGUAGAGAUGAUAAUGAGGAGACGAGUGUACGAUAUACAAAGAGCGAGGAACGAGAUGGAAUGGCAAAAGUAUAAGGUGAAGAUUAAAUCGUACCAAGAAGGAAUAUUUUUUGAUCUAAUAGCGUAUGAGAGCGUGGAAAAUUUCGACAUCCCUAAAUUGGAAACAAAUCUGCAAAAGGUAGACAGAGAGAUUGAGGCUCUACGAGCAGCUGUUGCUGAUAAAAUAAAUCCUACUAAAUUGGUAGAAACUAGACUGGAAAUACGUACUAGAAGACCUGUUCUAGAAAGAGUUCAGGAUAAACCGAUGCGCGGAUUAAUUGAAGAAUAUGAGAGAGUUCAUAUGAGCACGAGCAUGUUGGAGAAAAAACUAAACGAUGCUUUGACCACAUACCACGGAAUGUAUAAUCAUUAUCAGCGUAUUAUUAAGGACUUGGAGUACAAAAACCAAGCACUUGAAACGGAUAGACGUCUCAUAGAAAUUCGGAAACCAUUGCAUGGCCCUGACGAAACCAACUUUAAGAGAAACGUGGGCUACUGUCACAUGGCCGAUGAAUUGGUCUCGGAGUAA